AUCGUGGUAAUGUUGAAACCCUAAUUUCGUGGGUUUAGGGUUUUGUAUCGCAAAAAAAAAAAAAUCAAAUGAAGAAGAAACAAGAAGAGAGUUCGUUGGAGAAGCUAAGUACUUGGUAUCAAGAUGGAGAACAAGAAGGUGGAGAAAGAAGUGAGAAGAGAAGAUUGAGUCUUAAAGGUUCAGACUUUGAGAGUUCUUCUCGAAGUGGUGGAAGUAAAAGCAAAGAAGAAAGUAAGUCUCUUGUUGAUGUUGAGCAUCAAGAUCGUGAUUCCAAUAAGAGAGAACGAACUCAUGGAUCUUCUUCUGAUUCGAGUAAGAGGAAGAGAUGGGAUGAAGCAGCUGGUUCUGGUAAUGAUGGUGAUUAUAAAAGUAGUAAGCUUUCUGAUUCUAGACAUGAUAGUAAUGAACAUGGUGAGAGUAGGAGAGAUUCGAAGUUUGAUAGGAGUUUGAAGUCUAGUAGUAGAGAGGAGAAGAGUAAGAGUCGUGGUGUGAAAGAUGAUGAUAGAGGUAGUCCUUUGAAGAAAACUGAGGUUGUUAGAGAAGUGGGUCGAUCUAAUAGGUCGAAAACACCGGAUAGAAGUGGUAAGCGUUAUCAAGAAUCUGAGCAGUCGGAUGCGGAGUAUGAGAAGGAGAAGUAUGGUCGAAAAGAUGAGAGGUCUAGAGGUAGGGAUGAUGGUUGGGGUGAUAGGGAUAGGGAUCAAGAAGGUUUGAAGGAUAAUUGGAAGAGGAGACAUAAUAGUGGUAGUGAUAAAGAUCAGAAAGAUGGGGACUUGCUUUAUGAUCGUGGAAGGGAACGGGAGUUUCCGAGGCAAGGACGUGAGAGGAGUGAAGGCGAGAGGUCUCAUGGUCGUUUGGGUGGUAGGAAAGAUGGAAACAGGGGUGAGGCUGUUAAAGCUUUGUCAAGUGGUGGCGUUUCAAAUGAGAAUUAUGAUGUAAUUGAGAUACAAACCAAGCCACUUGAUUAUGGCAGAGGGGAAUCAGGACCCAACUUUGCUCGUAUGACUGAAUCUGGUCAGCAACCUCCUAAAAGGCCUAGUAAUAAUGACGAAGAGUGGGCUCACAACCAGGAAGGUAGACAGAGAAGUGAAACUUUUGGUUUUGGGUCUUAUGGGGAGGAUUCGAGAGAUGAAGCUGGUGAAGCCAGUUCUGAUUACACAGGGGCUAAAGCAAGAAACCAGAGAGGUUCAACACCUGGUCGAACUAAUUUUAUGCAAACCCCUAAUCGAGGUUCUCAGACUCCACAAGGCAUUAGAGGGAACAGACCCUUAAGGGGUGGGAAAGGAAGACCUGCUGGUGGCAGAGAGAACCAACAAGGUGCCAUUCCAAUGCCUAUCAUGGGGUCACCAUUUGCAAACCUUGGAAUGCCACCACCCAGUCCCAUUCAUUCUCUUACUCCUGGCAUGUCGCCAAUUCCGGGCACUUCUGUCACCCCUGUCUUCAUGCCUCCAUUUGCCCCAACUCUUGUAUGGCCUGGGGCCCGAGGAGUUGAUGGUACUAUGUUACCUGUUCCUCCUGUUCUCUCACCUCUUCCUCCCGGACCAUCAGGCCCAAGAUUUCCUUCAAUUGGCACACCGCCAAACCCGAAUAUGUUCUUUACUCCACCAGGUUCUGAUAGAGGAGGGCCUCCUAACUUCUCUGGGUCUGCGUUCAAUGUUUCUGGACAAAUGGGACGUGGAAUGCCAUCUGAUAAGAAUUCAGGGGGUUGGGUUCCUCCUCGAGGUGGUGGACCUCCUGGUAAAGCUCCUUCUAGGGGAGAGCAAAAUGACUAUUCCCAAAACUUUGUGGAUACUGGAAUGCGGCCCCAGAAUUUCAUUCGAGAGCUGGAGCUUACCAAUGUGGAAGACUACCCCAAGCUUAGAGAGCUCAUACAGAAGAAGGAUGAGAUUGUAUCUAAUUCUGCUUCUGCACCAAUGUAUCUGAAAGGCGACUUGCAUGAAGUUGAGUUAUCUCCCGAGUUAUUUGGAACAAAGUUUGAUGUUAUUCUUGUUGACCCACCUUGGGAGGAAUAUGUCCAUAGAGCUCCUGGUGUCUCUGAUAGUAUGGAGUAUUGGACAUUUGAGGACAUUAUCAAUCUCAAGAUUGAGGCAAUAGCUGACACUCCCUCCUUUAUCUUCCUCUGGGUUGGUGAUGGUGUUGGGCUUGAACAAGGGCGCCAAUGCCUGAAAAAGUGGGGUUUCAGAAGGUGUGAGGACAUUUGCUGGGUGAAGACCAACAAAAGUAAUGCAGCACCAACAUUGCGACAUGAUUCUCGUACUGUGUUUCAGCGUUCCAAGGAGCAUUGCUUGAUGGGGAUAAAGGGUACUGUUCGACGUAGCACUGAUGGGCAUAUAAUCCAUGCUAACAUCGACACUGACGUAAUUAUUGCUGAAGAGCCUCCUUAUGGUUCGACUCAGAAGCCUGAAGAUAUGUAUAGGAUAAUAGAGCAUUUUGCACUUGGUCGCCGGAGGCUUGAGCUUUUUGGUGAAGACCACAAUAUUCGAGCUGGCUGGCUUACUGUUGGAAAAGGCCUUUCUUCCUCAAACUUUGAGUCGCAGGCUUAUGUGAGGAACUUCGCAGACAAGGAGGGUAAAGUGUGGCUAGGGGGAGGAGGAAGAAAUCCACCUCCAGACGCACCGCAUCUCGUUGUGACUACUCCUGAUAUAGAAUCGCUUCGGCCCAAAUCACCAAUGAAGAAUCAGCAACAACAAUCAUAUCCAUCGUCUCUAGCCUCUGCAAAUUCUUCAAACCGAAGAACCACAGGAAACUCACCACAAGCAAAUCCUAACGUUGUUGUCUUACAUCAAGAGGCUUCUGGAUCUAACUUCUCUGUUCCGACCACACCACAUUGGGUGCCACCAGCAGCACCAGCCCCCGCAGGUCCUCCUCCAAUGGACAGCUUUAGAGUGCCUGAAGGUGGCAACAACACAAGACCACCUGAAGACAAAAAUGUUGACAUGUACGGCUUUAAUUGAGCCUCUCCCAAAAUUGCAGAGUUUCCAGAAUUGUUUCUAUUGAAUGGAUAUUUUACCCCUUUGCAUUGAGAAACUCUGCUGCGUACGGGUUUUGGUUCUCUGUUUGUAAUUCUUUUCAAUUGUUACUUUCGUAGAGCCAAUACUUUAUAUUCAUUUCAUUAUCAAUCAAGCUUUUACUAAUAAUCCCAAUCUGCUCCA